CCGUGCAUUCCCGCCAAGGUAUUUUGCGAGCCGGGCACUGACUCACCACCGCCGCGUAAAAAGGACCGUCUUGGCUCCACCCCUCCACAGUUUAGUUCCUGCCUCCACACGCGGCGGAUCUGCUCCACCUCCCCGGUACUGCCAGGCGUUGGUCACAUCCGGAGCGAACAGACAGAAAGAGGAACAGCAAGACAGAACAAGGAAAAGGAGAGAGAAAGGAAACAAAUACGGCGCAAAUACACGAGUUGAUAAAAAAAAAACGGGUGGAGAGAAGAGGAAUAUUGGCAGAAGCAGUUGAUCCUUUUCCUCGUUCAAAAUGUGCACCAUACACGGCAUUGUCAUCUUGGGAAUACUCCUGGCUGUGUUGGACGUGAUACACAGCCUUAUAACCUCAGCCUUCUAUUGCUACCAGUUAGUAAUGGACAUAUUUUACCUGUGUCCUCUCAACAUGGAUGUCACGCUCUGUCAUAACAAGAUCUACGUCUACGAACAAUUGUUCGAUACCCGCGUGUACAUCGGCAUAGGUGAAGGCAUCGCUGGCGUCAUCUUCAACAUCAUCUACAUUAUAGCGCUGGUGAAGCACAAGCCGUCCAUCACCUGGGUGUGGCUAGUGAAGGGAUUCGCUGUGAUCGCCAUCAACGUGUACUACCUCGCCUCGUGGCUCAUCCGCCGAGGCCGCUACGACCACAUCAACAGCGACCAGCCCGAGGACGAGAUUCUCUUCAUCAACAUGGCCAAGGGUCUCCUGCUGGUGCAAGUCACUAUUCUGCUCUUCUUCUGCAUGAUCGGCGCUGUCUUUACUUACAAGAUAUGCGAGGAGAGGACGGCCAGCAGACGCAGCCUCCGCCACCGCCGCAAGUGGGACUCCAGCGAAGCCACCGCCCCGCCACUUGGCCAGUAUGAUGACGAGGAGACCCAAUAUCUCAACGACGCCCUUACCAAUAGCGAGAAGACCCUCCCUGCACGCUCCUCCAAGCAAAGCCUCACUGAAAUAUCCCGUGCUGACACAUUCAAGCACUCCACGGGCGUCUAGAUACUGAAGGAGAGGCGAGAAGAUCCUGACUGCAUGGCGUUCCCUUGAUGAGGCUAAGCGGUUAUGUCGAGGGAAAGUUUUUAGUAUUUUCUCUCUUAUUUGACUUCAUGAGAGGAUUACUGUACUGGUUUCGAGUUAAGGAGUUUGUAAUUUUUUGUCACCAAGCAUCUCAGAAUGGCAGGUUAGUUUUCUGUAGUCUUAAAAAGGAAAUAUUAGAAGUGAUUUGGUGGUGUUCGGGAUACGAGUAGGCUUGGUAAUAUUUUGUAGCCACGUUUUCUUUCAUACGAUGAUAGGAAGGGUGUUAUUUUUAGCAUUACAAGAUUAUUACUCUUUAUAUUCUCAUCAGCUAGUGUUCCAGCGAGUCACUGCCACUGUGGAAUGAAUAAUGGGACAAUAAUAGACCAUUCUGAGAUAUCUUGGAGCAGGGACAGCUUGGUCGGUGCAGGACGAGAGAAAACCAAGACAUGGCGAUUUAUGCUUCAAAAGUCUUUAAUCUUUUGCUGUAUUGCUCUGGUAUAAUUCCAGCGAUACCGGAGUGCAAUACUAUACGCAAAAAAAGAAAAAAAUCACUUUCGCUAUACAAAUACAAAGAAGAGGCGGUGUACAAGACAUAUUUAGAGAUUUUAAUGUAUAGAGACGAAUGUGACUCGCCUCUCGGUCAACCAGAUGUCAGUGUGGAUCGUUUAGAAGUGCACAUGAUAGUUCGUGAGUGUGUCCUGGUAGGAAAACGUUAAUAUUUAAGUUAAUUAAGUGCUUUCAAGACCCCUGACUGUGUGCCGUGACGCUCAGAGAAGUGACGGUGACGCAGGAGGAUGGAAAGUGCGGCCAGAGUGUUGUAAAUAGUGAUAAAUGAAAGGUGAAGGAGAGGGAGGACUGGCGGCGGCGAGCGGGCUGAAGACAAGGUAAAACACACUAUUCUCUUGUAGGAUUAUUUGACUCGACCACUUUACGACUUACGAAUGAUAACGACUUGUUGGGAUGACGGUGGUGUUACGUUAGCACCUUCUCCCGCAAACCUUUGUAUAUAUUAGGUCAAAAUGCAUGUGUUAAGUAAUUUGAUGCGUGUUUAGGUAAUAUUUCUCCCUCUUACUGUCCCAACCAAAGGAUCGUCUGUCAUGGGAUGAGAUUCGAUCCUUUUUCUGUGUUAAGAUUCCAGUGUUUGUAAUGUUAAAUAGGAUGGACUGACACUAUACAGGUUCAAAUACUAUUACGGCAGUAUUUUUUGUUAUUAUUUGUACCAGUUUCUUAUAUCUACAUUACAUUAUCGUUUCUAUAACGUUAAAAAACAGGAUUGGUCGACGCUAAACAGGUUCCAAUCCUCUAAAUACAUUACUGUUAUUUUUCUCGUCAUAUUGAUGGUGUUUUAUCAUAAUGUGUUUUAUUUUUUAUGUAUUGUGAAGCAGGAUGGACUGAUGCCAUGCAGAGUGUUGUCCUGUGUGUUAGUGCUCAUGUUGUUUCAUUAUCACGUCUCAUUAUCACCCUUAUCGUCACUCGUCACUCAUACUGCUCAUUGUGUUCACCCAUCACCGUUUGUACAUAUCAUUUGUGCUACUUUGAUUAAUAAAUAUUUAAUGUA